AUGGAUGCGACAUGUUGGGUGUGUCAACGCUGUGGGCACGAGGUGCCGAUUGACAACCGCGAGGUGCACGAAGCGCAAUGCCGGCGUAACUCGCCGGCCCAACUGCUUUCACCGCCGCCGGUGACAGGUUCCCCGCCAUCCCCGUUCGAUCCCGACAACCAGCCUUUCUCCCGAAACGUCUUCACCCCUGCUCAGCCUCCGGCGGCGGAGGCGGCUGCGAGGGAGUCGGGGCAGCCGUGCGGGUUCGCGGCCGCCGGGCGCGGCGCAGCUUCGGCCGCCGCCGCUACCGGGGCUCGGGGCGCGUCGUCCACGGAGGGCGAGGGCGAGUCGGGCGAUACUACAACCUGGGCCUGCGCUGCGUGCACGUACCUGAACGACUUUGGCGUGUCGCGAUGCGACAUGUGCGGCACCAGGAUGUCCCCCCAGCAGCGCCCACCGGAUGCCACCUACCGGGACACCCUGAUCGGCGGUGGCGUUAGCGGCGGGCGGCGGCGGAGGCAGGCGGGGGCGGCGGGCGAUCUCGAAUCCGCUGCCGAGGAGGCGCGGUGCAGGAUGUUGGCGGCGGCGGCCGCUGCUAGGGAAAGAAACGGCGUCAGCACUAGCGGUGGCGGGAGCGGGGGCAGAGGGGGCGAGGACGACCAGGGCCUUCUCGACGGCCGGACCACCAUCUCCGGCGCCGCGGCAGGGUCCGCCAUCGGAGCGAUCGGCGGGGCACUGCUCUCGGCGGUGCAGCCCGGCGCCCGGGCGUCCGGCGUGAUGUCCUCCAUGUUCCAGGGCGCUCUCAUGGGCGGCAUGGCGGGGGCCGCGCUCGGUGGCCUCAGCGAUGAGCCCGGAGCAGGCGGCGGCAGCGGCGGCAGCGGCGGCGGCAGCGGCGGCGGCGGCGGCGCCAGGAGUUCCGACGACGAGUUUCGAAGGCAACGGCGGAGACAGGUGUCUUCUUUCGAAUUUGUCCGAGGUCCGACGGCGCGCGUGCGAAGAGGAAGGGACGUGGUCUCGGAGAUGGAGUCUCUGAUGCUGGCGCGACGGCUGGAGGCGCUGAGCCUGCCGGCAUCAGCGGCGGCGAUGCGACGUGAAGGGGGCGGGGCGGGAGCGGGAGCGGGAUCAUCGAUAUAUGCAGGGAUCUUGCGACAGCUGGCGGAAGCGCAAAACCACGACGCCGCCGGCGGUGACGCCGGCGGGGGGGGGGGAACAAGUCCCGCCUCCGCCCGGGCGAUCGCGGCGCUACCGGGGGAGGCGCUGACGGCCGGCGCGCUCGCGCACCUCAAGGAUGACGGGCGGCAGUGCUGCAUCUGUCUCGAGGACUUCGAGGCAGGGGAGAAGGCGACGCGGCUGCCGUGCCUCCACCUGUACCACACCGUGUGCAUCGAGAACUGGCUCCAGACCUCGGGGACGUGCCCGCAGUGCAAGUUCAGGGUGGACUGA